AUGGACGAGCUUAGGAGACAGGUUCAGACAUCAAACUCUGAUGUUGAAGCGAUGGUUGAGUUUGCAGUGUACAGGGAGUUGAUUCAAAACGCAGAUGACGCAAAAUCCUCCAUCAUUCAAAUAAAAUUCCAAGAUCCUGAAUCUUUAGGGAAGAAUUCAUUAAAAGACAAGGACAAAUGUGUACGGAUCAUGUUUAAGAACAAUGGUUUUGUAUUCCGACCGGAAGAUUGGAAUCGAUUAAAAAAAAUUGCUGCGGGAAAUCCUGACGUGCAAAAGAUCGGUGCAUUUGGAGUCGGAUUUUAUUCGUUAUUCUCGAUUUGCGAUGAACCGUUUGUCUCGUCAGGAGAUUAUGCGAUGAAUUUUUACUGGAAGGGGAAUCAAUUGUUUACCAAAAAGUCAUCCAUAACCCAAAAAGGAGAUCGUUCGUGGACAACUUUUCUUAUGGACAUGCGAGAGCCAUUGGAAUUCCCAAAGAUGGAUGAGUUCGGAACAUUUUUGGUUAGUUCGUUAGGAUUCACUGGAAAUCUUCAAGAGGUUUCUGUCUUCUUCAACGAGGCGCGCGUAAUACAUAUUUCAAAGAAGAUGACAAUGCCUCGAUCAAUAUUCAUACCUUACAGUUUUAACACCAUAACACCGAGAAAAAUGUUUGAACUCCGAUCUGCCGAUGUUCGAGAGAUAGAAUUUCGGAUUGAAACACCAGAACAAUCAUCGUCAAUGAUUUUUAAAGUGGCAAGUGGCAAUCUGGAUGUUCACAUAACUAAAGAAUUUUCUGAAGAAAUGGAAAGAUCAACGAAAAAAUAUCCACCCCCGAAGACAACCAUUCAAAUGAUGUAUACAGAUUACAAAAACUACUCUUCUUAUAAAAACAUUCCUGAAAUAUCCGACUUGAUAUCACACCCCGAACAAGGUCGAAUUUUUAUCGGGUUCAAGACCUACCAAACUACUGGAUGCAGUGCUCACUUUGCUGCUCGUGUUAUUCCGACAGUAGAGCGCGAAGCGAUAGAUCUUGCCGAAAAAACUUUGGCUAUUUAUAACAACGAAAUGUUAUGCACCCUCGGCAUCUUGACAAGGAUCAUAUACAAUGAUCAUAUGACCAAAAUAUCUUCACUAUAUCGGACAGAUAACGAGGACGAUCGUCAGUUGUUGGAAAAAGACGUGGCACAUUUGCUUGCACAAUUAACAUUCAUAAAAAGCACACCAAUUGCGCAAGUGGGUAACAUCGUCAAAUCAUUAUUUUUUAGAAACAUAUCGAUAUCAUCAGAAUACAUUUAUGUUCUUUCAACACACGGCGUGAAGCCAAUCAACUUUGUCCGAAUUCCUGCUCCUGAAAUGGAAGCAUUUAUCAAAACCGUACCGGUGAUUCCUAAAAUAGUGAUGGAAACCUGUGACACUUUCUUCAAAAAUUUUCAAGAUGAAAAUGUGGGGAUUUUAAGGAAAUUGGAUAUAAAUGAUGUCUUUGUUGAGUUAGAAAGUCGCGUCCUUGAAACCGAGGAAGCCAGCGCACUAUUGAAGUGGUGGGUUGACUAUUGCAACAAAGGAGACCCACCAGUUACAAAAGAUGAGAUCAGUAAAUUUGUUUACCUGACUGUAGUUAGAACAGACAAGGACAUACCUUUUCGAACAAUCAAAUAUUUUUUGAAUCCAACGACAAUUUCUCCUGAACUUGAAGUUCCAUCGAGCGUAAUACCUCAUUCGAUAAGCAAAUCCUUUAAGCAAACGGAUCUCAAAAAAUGGUUCGGGAGUUGGGUAGAACUCUCACUUGAUACCUGGGUUGAAUUUAUUGUUUCUAAGCCUGAAUUAGAAAUAAAUUCCGAUUUUGCCGAAAAGGUCCUUGGUGUCAUAGCUCGAGGAAUAAAUAAAUGCGCGAGUAUGAAACAAGAACUGAUAAAGAAGUUACUUUGUCAAAAAAGAUGCAUUCCCACAAAUAAAGGAAUGAGAUUGCCAAAAGAAGCAUAUUUCCCUAAAGUCAAUCUUUUCCCUGACUUACCUAUUGUUUCCUUGCGAAAUUUGACACCUGUCAACGAUCUCUUAAAAAAAUUGAACGUUCGAUCACAUGUAGAUUUGCAACUCAUUUUUGACCGUCUAGUCAAUCAGGGUAGUUGGAAUCACAUUAGACUUUUAAAAUACCUUGUGUCGAUUUCUAGUGAUUUAAAGGAUGAAGAUAAAGAAACAUUAAGGACUUCUAAGAUUUGGCCAAAACAAAGCUUACAAGGUGAACAAAAAAAGACAACAGUAUCUAAUAAAGAAAUUAAAUUUAUGGCAUGCGAAUUAUAUGCACCAUUGAAGGAAAUGAAAGAAUUUAAUCUACCCAUGAUCAGCUGGAGUGGAACGUGGUCUAAUUAUAACAAGGACGCGAAGUUCUUGUAUAUGUUGGGUCUUCGAGAAUACCCACCCAUCGAUGUUAUUCUUCAACUCGCUUCAUCAAAAUCAGAGCGAUCUUUGAGAGAAAAGGCGCUUAAUUAUUUCCUAAAAAACUUUAGGGAAAAAUACUCUUCAGAUUAUAAGCCUGAUAACAUCAACGUAGCUUUCUUGCCGUGUACUGAACCUGAUGUGUAUGAGACUCCUUUGGGAUGUUUUUAUGAUCCGGGAUGCACGGCAAUAAAAUUUCACGCCUUGCGUCAGGAUCUUCGCACUCGUGCCGAAGAACUUGGUGUUCGUCAGUACCCUGAUAGCAAGGAUGUCUUGAUAAACUUGUCCAAAAAUCCACCUGGAGACAGAGGGAAGGCCAUAAAAACUUUCGAUUAUUUGGCAUCACUACAAUCAAACUUUUCAAAUCGAGAUUGGUUGACCCUUCGUCACCUGAAGUUUAUACCAAUCACUAGUAAUAACUUUCGGCUAAAUAAGGUCACACAUAAUUGCCCACGCAAAUGCUUUUUCAAGGGCUCUGAUACAAGUUACACGGAAAUUUUUUCUUAUGUGGAUUUUGGUGAAAAAGCAAACAAAUUUUUACAAAGUUGUGGUGUUCGAGAAGAACCAUCGCCCACUGACCUUGCAGAAUAUCUGUUAGAAAACUCUGAGGAAUAUUGGAAGAAGACUGGCGGUGAUGUAGAUAAGUAUUUCAAGAUUCUUUAUAUCAUUGCCAUCAACAGAAACCGAUUGCCAAGCAAUUUAGUCCAUAAGAUGAAUUAUGCUAAGGUAUUGUUAGGCGUAUCAAAGGGAAUAGAUGACUUUCAGAAAGAAAUUAGACAAAACAAGCGAGCUAGGAUAAUGAGUAGAGUGAAUGAUAACUUCUUAAAGGAAACUAGAAUUUAUAGUCUUGGAUGUGUAAAAGAUAUUUUAAUAGGUGACAGCCCAAAGUAUCAGUUUUAUUUCAACCCAUUGCUCGCACCUGAAGAAGAACCUAUAGAGGAAUUUUAUCGAGAAUUAGGAUGUCGGGCAUUGUCCGAAUGUGUCACAGAAGAACCACAGUUAAUAGGUGUAUCGAGGAAUUCCAAAAUAUCUAGUAAAUUGAAGCAAGUGAUCUCCGAAAGGGCAAAACUCUUUUAUCACGGAAUUCCUCCGUCUCACGUCAGAAGAAGUCAUGAGUGGAUCGAGAAUUUGUCGGUCUUUGAAGUUAAAGACAUAAAAGUUAAAUAUGAACUUACUACCACCAAAGAAGUAAGAGUAGAAAGUAUUAAAUCUUGUUUUUUGUCCCAUUCACGUGACUAUGGGACUUUAUACAUUGCGCCUGGUGAUCUUGACUACCUUGGAAUUGCUGCGAACUUAGGACGGCAGAUAUAUAAAAACUAUGGUUUUAGAGAUAUUUCGCAUUUUGCGAUGCUAUUGACAAGCCCACUAGAGAGCUUGAAGCUUAACGGCUACCCGGUUGACCGCAUUUUAGAAAAGAGAAACUUUGAAAAACAAAAAUCAGCCAAUCAAAACGGAGGUACCACCAAAAUUAUUGAUUUGACGUCCUCAGAAUACACAAAAAACCUACACGACAAGCUUCGUAAUGCGGUCAAGUCUUGCUGCUCCAAUUCGGAAAGUCUAGUAAUGUUUUCUGAAAAUUUUGAUGACACAGAGAAUGGUUCAAACUCUUGUGAGGGUUUGCCAGAUAGCUCCUUAACUGAAAUUGGUGUUGAAGGAGGACUUCAAAUUUUUGCAGCUGAAGGUGUGAAUCCAUUAGAAAUUAUUGGAACGCCGAUUUUGACUAGAUUUGCUGGUAUUCUCAAAGAUCUUAGCGAAAUAUUCGAACUACCUUUGAAGACAAUUCACAUUUUUUACGAUCCAAACACGAGUCUUAUUGCAUUCAAUCGGAAAAGAGCACUAUUCUUCAACUUUAAGUUUUAUAACAAAACCAUGGGCGAGGAUUCUUAUAAUGAUGCACUUACUUCUUGGUACUUGACAUUUUGUCAUGAGCUGGCGCACAACAUUACCUAUUCACAUAAUCAAGAACACGAAAAUUACCUUUGCUCGUUUGCAGAAUUAUACAUGCCAAAUUUUCUGCGUCUGAUAAGCAAGAAAAGAAACGUGUAUG